AUGGCUGAAGCUAAAUCUAAUAGUACUAGUGGUAUUCCUUCAGUAAUGAAAGCUGCUCAACAAAAUGGUUAUGGAGAUGCACGUAAUGUUUUAACACUUCGUGAUGAUGUACCUGUACCACGUGAAUUAUCAUCAAAACAAAUUCUUGUUCGAGUACAUGCUGCUUCAAUAAAUCCAGUUGAUUGGAAAGUUUUAAAUGGAAAUAUGUCAUUAGUUACACGUUACUCAUGGCCUCAUAUACCUGGCAAAGAUGUUGCUGGUGUUAUUGUUGAUGUUGGAUCAGGUGUUAAACGUUUUCAAGUUGGUGAUAAAGUUUAUGGAAAUCUUGGAAUGAGUGAUGGGAGUUUUGCUGAAUAUGCACGUGCUGAUGAAUCUGCUUUUGCAAUAAAACCAAAUAAUUUAACAAUGGAAGAAGCUGCAGCUAUACCAUUAGCAUGUGAAACUAGUUAUCAAGCUUUAUUUACGAAAAUUUCACCACCUAUUGGAGAAGGUAGUAAAGUAUUAAUUUGUGGAGGAAGUACAGCAACUGGUUUAUAUGCAGUUCAAUUAGCUAAAGCAGUUGGAGCUUAUGUUACAACAACAUGUUCACAAAGAAAUUUUAGUCUUCUUGAAAAACUUGGUUAUAAAACAUCUCAAACAACUGCUGAUCAAAAUCAAGUACAUAUUAUUGAUUAUAAUGAAAAAGAUUUUGGAAAAGAACUUAAAGGGCAAAAUUAUGAUGUUGUGUAUGAUUGUGUAGGUGGACAACAACAAUGGACAUCAGCACAAGAAAUAUUAAAACGUAAUGGUCAAUUUAUUACUAUUGUUGGUGAUGAUACAAAAUCUACUGUAUCAGUAAAAGCAGCAUUUUCAGUUGGUUCAAGUAUAAUUAAUCGAAAAUUUUGGUCUGUUUUUGGUUCAUUACAUCAUAAUUAUAUAUUUCAUUUUUUAAAUCAAAAUUUUCAAAAUCUUAAUGAUAUGCGAACAAAAUACAUUGAAACAGGAAAAGUUAAACCAAUAAUUGAUACUGUAUUUGAUUGGCGAAAAGAUGGUGUUGAAUCAUUAUACUCACUCUAUGAAAAAUCCAAAAGUGGUAAAGCACAAGGAAAAUUAAUUCUUAAAAUAGCUGAUGAAGAAUAA